AUGAAGCAAGUUCACACCAGAUUUGAGGAAUUGCGUAUGAAAGACGAACAAACCAUAGUCGAAUUUAACGCUAGGGUUCAAGAAUUGAAGAAUGAAGCUGCUGUAUUAGGCGAACCCUUCUCAUCAGACAAACUAGUCAGAAAAAUCCUGCGAUCCCUACCUAUACGGUUCAGGAUGAAAGUUACUGCUAUUCAAGAAAACAACAACAAAAAGGGCAAGAAUGUAGCCUUCAUUGCUGAACGAUGUGAUUUAAAAGAGGAAAUUGAAGAUCUGGAUGAUGAGACUAUUGUGAUGAUUACCAGAAAUUUCUCAAAGAUUUUGAAACAGAUCAAUCGAAAAAACAAAGGAGUCAAUCAGGUCAGACGAGUAAUCAAUCGCAUUCCAAUCAAUGGCAAGCAUCUGAAAAUAAGAACAAGAAUAACUGAAUGUGAGGGCUUUGGUCACAUUCAUGUUGAAUGUGAAACAUAUCUUAAGAGAAAGAAAUCCAUAAAGGCAACAACCUGGAGUGACAAAGAAUGCUCAGAGGAGGCGCAAGAGGACAAUGAAGAAAUCUCAGGAAAUUUUGUUGCAUUUACAGUAGCUCUAUCUGAACCUCAUCCUGAACUAGAAAAUGAUUCAGAUCAUGAUGAAGUUGAAAAAUUACUUUAUGAAGAACUUGAACAAUCAUAUGUACAACUGUACAAAAAAUGGGACAUCUUGCUGAAAUCACACAUCACUGCUACUGCCAAGAACGGAAUUACUGCAUUUGUUCCAACUAGUGUAGGACAUGGGACAAAUAUAAAAUUUAAGCAGGGGACUCAAAGAAAGUACACACCUGCAAAGUGGUACUUUGACAGUGGAUGCUCACGCCAUAUGACUGGAAACAAGAAAUAUUUGAAAGAUAUAAUUCCUUAUACAGGACAGGUGACUUUUGGUGAUGGAAUAAAAGGUGAUAUUAAAGGAAUUGGAAUUCUUAACGUAGCAGGUCUACCCUCUCUGAAUAAGGUGCUGCUUGUACGUGGUCUUAAAGCAACUUUGAUAAGCAUCAGUCAACUGUGUGAUCAAAAACUCAAUGUGGGAUUUACAAAAGACCGAUAUAUUGUCAAAGACCAGCAGAACAAGAUGAUCAUGGAAGGUCAAGAAGUUCAUGAGCUGGGAUUUCAGAUAUUCCCAACCAUUGGAGAGCAAACUGUUCUUUUGUCUCCAUUUCUGCUGCCUGUGCUAUCAGUUGGUGAAAUGGACCUGUUCUCCAAUUAA